GUGUUUUUGAAAAGGAUAGGACAUAAAGACAAGUUUUACAUUUUGGGAUACGAAUGGGGCAUUCCAGUUGCAUUAGAAGUCGCAUUUAUUUUAGAAAGCCAAGGAAUGAUAGGCACCAUAUUUUGUGUGGGACUCGAACCAGAAGAAUUGAAAGUGGCGCUUGAAGAAGAAUUAAACGAAUACAAGACCGAGGAAGAACUAGAGAACGGCGUGUUGAAGCACAUGUUCAAGCUGAUGACGGGCGACAAGUACACAGGACUGGACGAGAUGCUGCGCGGGUGUAGCUCGUGGGAGAAGAAGGUGGAGGAGUGCGUGCGCACGCUGCUAGGGCGCGUGUCGCACUCGGCGCAGUACACGCGCGCGCUGCUGCAGGCGGCGCUCGGACGCAUCGCGGAGGCGCGCCGCUACUCCUCCGCGCUGCCGCCGCUGCGCUCGCGCGUGGUGCUGCUGCGCUCGCGCCGCGCGGUGCCUGCAUCCCCGCAGCAGCUGGACGCACUCACGAGCGGCGAGGUGUCGGUCCACGAGCUCAGCGCGCCGCUCGGUCACGCCGCCCGCGACGCGCGCUGCGCCGCCAUCGUUAACUCAUAUUUGGACCCAGAGCUGUUACACAACUUCCAUAAUAAGAAUCUUUGCGACACUUACCUACUUAACGCUGAUACCUUUAUGAAUUUUACUAACGAAUUUGAUUAAAUAGAAACAUUAAUUUCUAUUAAGUCAAUUAUUAAUAAAUAACAUUAGGUACUUAUAUGGUGACAAUAAGUACUUACUACUUACUCUACUUCAUCAAACACAUUAUAUAUGGCCCGUAAUGGGAUACACAUAAAUUAUUUCUCCUAUUACGGGCCCAUAGGGUAAAAUAGAGUCGAAGGAUUUUUUGGGAAUCUUUUAAAAUUGAGAAUUUUAUACAUGCUUAUAAUGUUUUUAAUCAGAGGUUUGGUAAUUAAUAUGUCACUUUCCGGGUUAACAUAAGAAAAGUUAUAAAGAAGAAAGUGACGGAUGAGUGCAUGAGAAAUGCGUCAUUAUUAAAGUUAAAAAUAUGAACUGUGUUUAUGAAAUAUAAAAAUAAAAAUUGUUGUUUAUCAUUCAAUAUUGUAGUUUACCAAAUACUAACUCGAUGUUUUCACAUGUUAUAAAAUAAAAUAUGAUCAUAUGCUUUUA